AUGUGUGCGAUCGUAUUCGCACCUAAUCUUGACGAGGCAGAAGUUAGAUUAGAGUGACAGGUAAGUCACCUACUGUUUACUUUAUCACAACUUUCUUCUUCUUUUUUAUACUAAUAAAUACCCUCAGCAAUGCCAUCACUUUGACUCUUUUUAUCAAACUCUCUCAUUUACAUUGAUGUUUCUAUUUUCUGAAAUCAGUAUACUUCUCAUUUGUCUAAAUUAGUUACUAUAAUAUGGCUGUGGAGCUAAUGAUGGAUUACAGAAGCACUAGAAAUAACAAUAAUACUAAUUGUAUUAACUUCGUUGCGAAAUUAGAAGAAAAAUCAGUUGUGCAAGAAGCUGCUUCUGGUCUUGAGAGUGUUGAGAAACUCAUCCGAUUAUUAUCACAGUCUCAAUCUCAACAAAUUCAGCAGCAAAAUAAGUCUCCAGUGGAGAUUGAAAUGGUGGCUGAGGCAGCUGUUACAAAGUUUAAGAAGGUAAUUUCACUUCUAGAUCGAAACAGAACUGGUCAUGCUAGAUUCAGAAGAGCUCCUUUGCCUUCAAAUUCUAGUAAAGAUUUUGUUGAUACAAAAGUGUAUUCUCCAACUCCGAUCCAACAAGUUCCUUUAAUUACCUAUGACCAUUUUAACCCUCUGGUUCCAAAGACGAUAAGUUUCUCCUAUUCACCGGAAAUGUCUCGCACAAAUUCGUUCAAUAUCUCGUCGUUAACAGGGGAAACAGAGAGCAAACAACAUUCUUCAUCUAAUUCAGCUUUCCAGAUGACCAAUCUUUCUUCUCAAGUCUCUAAUUCUGCCGGAAAGCCUCCAUUGUCUUCUUCUUCACUGAAACGAAAGUGCAGUUUAUCGGAAAAUGUCGUAUCUGGAAAGUGUAGUGGAUCUUCCGGCCGAUGCCAUUGUUCCAAGAGAAGAAAGUUAAGACUAAAGAGGGUAGUUCGAGUACCGGCAAUAAGCAUGAAACUGUCAGAUAUCCCACCGGAUGAUUACUCAUGGAGAAAAUAUGGACAGAAGCCAAUCAAAGGAUCUCCACAUCCAAGGGGAUAUUACAAGUGUAGUAGUGUAAGAGGGUGUCCAGCACGUAAACAUGUUGAAAGAGCAUUGGAUGAUCCAACUAUGCUGAUUGUUACCUAUGAAGGAGAACAUAAUCACUCACUUUCUGUUGCUGAAACAAGUAGUCUCAUUUUAGAGUCUUCUUAAGUAAUUAGGAAUCAAAAAUUGUGUAGCUUCUCUGAAAAGACCAAGGCUUUUCCAAUCAAUGUAAACUCGUUGUUGGUUAGAUUAGUUGAUCAAUCUGUUGAAGUAAUUCAAGAUCUGUCUCAAAUGAGAUUAUGCAUAGUAAUUAAAUAUUUUAUAUAUGCGAAAUGAAAUUGCUACUUCGUUUA